AUGGCUUCUUCUUCUUCUUCAUCUUCAGCCACUCCUCAAUUGAAGAAGUAUGAUAUCUUUCUUAGUUUCAGAGGCGAAGACACCCGUUUUACUUUUACAACCCAUCUCCAUGCGGCUUUGUGUCGCAAAGCAAUUAAAACUUUCAUUGAUAAUGAUCUGGAAAGAGGAGAUGAGAUUUCGACAUCUCUUUUGAAUACAAUUAAAGCAUCAAAGAUUUCUAUCAUCAUUUUCUCACAAAAUUAUGCGUCUUCAAGAUGGUGUCUCCAAGAACUUGAACAGAUUCUUGAUUGCAAGGAGACGAAGCAGCAGAUUGUAAUACCAAUUUUCUAUAACGUAGACCCAUCUCAUGUAAGGAAUCAAAAAGGGAGUUUCGGGGAGGGAUUUGCUGAACUCCAAGAGCGUUUUAAGGAAAAACCGGAGAUGCUGAAAGUGAAAAGAUGGAAGAGUGCGUUGAAUGAAGCAGCUAGUCUAUCUGGUUGGACUAUAGAUGCAAAAACGUCAGAAUUUGAACUUACAGAGGCAAUUUCACGCGAUAUAUUGGACAGACUAAAUAAAUUGUCUCCAAGUGAUUAUGCUGAAGGCCUGGUUGGAGUAGAAUCUUCAAUAAACAAAAUAGAGUCGUGGUUGCACAAGGGAUCAAAUGGUGUUUCCAAAAUAGGAAUUUGGGGCAUAGGAGGCAUAGGCAAAACAACUAUUGCCCGUGCUGUAUUCAAAAAAAUCUUGAACCAGUUUGAAAGAUCCUAUUUUGCUGAAAAUGUUAGGGAAGAGUCGGAGCAAAGCACUAAUUUAACUCACUUGCGUAAUGAAUUACUGUCCAAAUUAUUAGAUGAUAAAGAUCCCAAUAUAGGAGUUACCUAUAGAAGAGAAAGACUUGAAGCACUAAAGGUUCUCAUUGUUUUUGAUGAUGUGACGUCUUUCAUGCAAAUAGAAAAUUUGAUUGGAAACCUUGACUUGAGCUCGGAAAGUCAAAUUAUCAUAACAACAAGGGAUAAGCACGUGUUGAGCAAUUGUGAAGUAGAUGAUGCGUGUAUAUACAAGGUUGAGGAAUUAAGGGAGAAGGAAGCUCAUCAACUUUUUAAUCAGUAUGCUUUUAAACAAUACUCUCCUAUUGCAGAUUAUAUGGAGCUAUCAAAGAAAGCAGUAGCAUAUACCAAAGGUCUUCCAUUGGCUCUUAAAGUGUUGGGUUGCCAUUUGUAUUCUAGGGGAAAAGAAUUUUGGGAAAGUGUAAUAAAUGACCUAGAAAACAAUCCUCUUCAAGAAGAUGUUCAGAAGGUACUAAAAGUUAGUUAUGAUGGACUAGGAGAAGAGGAGAAGAGGUUAUUUUUAGAUAUUGCAUGUUUCUUAGAAGGGGAGCAGGAAGAUUUAGUGAAGAAAUCUACAAUGAAAAUUCUUACUGAUAAAUGUCUUGUGUUUGUGACGGACUAUAAUGAAAUAAGAAUGCAUGAUUUGCUUCAAGAAAUGGGUAGGAAAAUUGCUGGGGGUGAUACUUGUAAAGAGAUUCGAUUGUGGCGUCACGAGGAUGUCUUCAAAGCAUUUGCAAAAAAUAAGGAGAUUGAAGCAAUACGAAGCAUAAGCUUGGAUACAUCUAAAAUAGGCAAUGCAGAGUUCGAUUGUCGUGUUUUAAAGAUGCCCAACCUCAGAUACUUAAGAGUAUACGACUCACAAGAUAAUCAUGAAAUUAAGUUGAAAGGUUUUCAACACCGUCAGUCCUUCUUCAAUGGCCUAAAAUCCUUCAUGAGCUUCUUCAGAGUAUACAACUCACACGAAAAGAAGUUGAAAGUUUUUCAACACUGUAUGUCCUAUUCCAAUAGCUUAGAAUUCUUCAGCUGGAGUGGAUACCCAUUUAAGUCAGUGCCAGAACAUUUUCCUUCGAAGAGUCUUGUUGAACUUAAUAUGCCAUUCAACAAAGUUAAACAUUGGAAUGUUGUUCAGGAUCUUGAAAAUUUGAAAUAUGUUGAUCUCCGUCACUCUGAACACAUGAAAGAGAUUCCAAAUUUCUCAAAAGCCUCAAAUCUUGAGCAUUUGGUUCUAAGGGAUUGUAAAAGUUUGUUGAGGAUCACUUCCUCAUCUAUUCAAAAUCUCAAUAAGCUUUACUUCUUGGAUCUAGCCGGAUGCUCAAGGCUUACUAGUCUACCAGAUGGCAUCUCUAAGUGGAAACUUCUCGAAGAGCUUAAUCUUAUUAACUGCUCCAAAUUGGAAAGAUUACCCCAUGACAUUGGAGAUUUAGAAGCUUUGGAGGUUCUCGGCGCUAUUGGUACAGCCUUAAAAGAACUACCACCAUCCAUCUUAUACUUGCCAAAACUUCGUGCCUUAGAGAUAAGUCGAGAUGAUGAACUGGCACCCUUGAAUUGGGUAUUGAAUUAUUCAUCAGGUUCGAGUUCUCGAGAUGUUGAUGAUCAACCGGCACCCUUGAAUCCUGUAUUGAAUACUUCAUCAUGGUCGAGGCCUUUGUCAUACCUGAUUUUGGAAAACUGUCAAAUCACCAAAUUACCUGAAUGUCUUGGAGAAUUUUCCUUGCUGGAAUUGUUAGAUCUACGUGGAAAUAAUUUUGAGAGCAUACCAGAAAGCAUCAAAGAGCUUUCUAAGUUGUACCUCCUAAAUAUAACUAAUUGUCGGAGCCUUAAACUUUUGCCAGAUCUUCCAUUGGGUGUAAAUGUGAUAGCAUCCGACUGUUUAUCCUUGCAAUCAAUACCACAUCCAUCAUUUCUAUUGUUACCUGAUUCUAGACCAUGGCAAGCAAAUUUUUCAAAUUGUUUUGAAUUGGAUUCACGUAAAAUUCUUGAUCAGGUAAAGGAUUCUUGGGGAAAAUUGUAUGCUGAUAUUUGUUUCCCUGGAAAUGAAACUCCUAAGUGGUUGUGUGCUGAAAUGUAUUUCCCUGGAAAUGAAAUUCCUAAGUGGUUUACCAUUCAAAGUAGGGAAGAUUAUAUAGCCCUUGAUCAGUCACUAGAUUGGGAUAAUGAAAACUUUCAGGGUUUUUUUACAUCUGCUGUUGUUUAUCCAAAUGAGUUGGAUAAUUUUCAUGAUUACCGUGUUGCCUGGUCAAAAGUGAAGAUGGUGAGAAGCGAAUUUUCAAAAAUUACAUUGCACCUUGGGAUCCUGAUGAGAAAAAAGGGGAUGAUUGGUUAUAUAAGGAUGUCUGCAAAGAAUCUUAUUCGCGUCCUAUGUUGCAAGACCAUGUUAAUUACAUGA